AUGUCUUCAGAGAAGAAUUUAUUGGUGUCGGUACCUAAAGAAUAUUUCAAAACAUCACUGCAAAAAUCGUCUAAUUUUUUGUUAGGUUCAGCAAAAGUCACUCUAUUUUUAAUAAAGAAAAAUAGCUUGAUAAGAAUCAUAAAAAUCCUCGAAAGUGGUGUGUUCGCACCUAACAUUACAAGAGGGGGCAUCAAGGAGUUUCAUUUAAUUAACGAUGCAGUUAAACGAGCGAAUUCCCAAGCUUAUAUAUUUUUCACUAUGGCCUUUAUGAUCAUUGGUUUGAGGGGCGUUUAUGCAAUGGUGGACAGUGGAGAAGAUGUGGAGGAGUUCAUUUAUGGUACCAACGAGACUUAUAUAAAACACAUAAAGACAAUGCCAUACACAACUUGGUUUCCAUUUAACAAGGAUAAACAACCGUAUUAUGCAAUCGGAUUUACUUAUCAAAUCGCCUCAACAUACAUUUACGGUCUCUUCAUCGGAGCAACCGAUGCAAUUUUAUGCGGAUUUUUGAUACACAUUCAGGCUCAGUUUAGGAUAUUAAAAAUUUCGCUUGUAACACUUCUCGAGAGGUCCAAACAAGGUAGUAAUGUAAAGGAUUCACACGAAGAUGUGAAAACCAUUACCUUACCCGCUGGAUGUAUAAAAGUACCACUUUUAACACGACAAGUUAAUGUUGAACUUAAGAAACAUUGCAGAAAAAUUGUUCAACAUCAUCAGGAAAUUUUAAAUUUGUGCAUUUACAUUGAAGAUGAAAUAUGCUAUCUAAUGCUCAUGCAAUUUUUGUCAAGUCUUUUUAUUAUAUGUUUUCAAUUGUAUCAACUCAGCUCAAUCAGUCCGGCAAAUAUUGGAUUCAUAAGCAUGAGUUUAUAUUUGUCUUUGAUGAUAUAUCAGUUAUAUAAUUACUGUAAUAAUGGGGAUGAAGUAAGAGAACUUAGUGAGUCUUUAGGCAGAGAAAUUUUCGCAAUAGAAUGGAUAACAUUUGAUGAACCUGUGAAAAAAUACUUACUAAUGAUGAUAAUGAGAACUCACAGAGCCUCUGUGUUUACUGCCGGAAAAUUUGCCCUUUUAUCUUUACAGACUUUCAUGGCGAUUGUUAGAGGUUCUGGGUCUUAUUUUAUGGUAUUAAGGCAGAUGAACAACUAA